AUGCAAUCCACGUUUACUGCGAUGAAAAAUAUGCUGCUGUCACGUGACCAAAUUUGCAUUUUUUCGGACAACUUUCGCACUCCGUUAUUCAAAGUGUAUACACGUGCGCGAUAUAAACAAGCGAAAAUAUCGCAAAAUAAGGACGAUUUGAAAGUUUUUUUUUGUAUUUGUGGGUAUAUUUUAACUCCUGUAAGUGUAAUAUACCGAAGAGAAAAAUGUCUAGUUGUAUGGAUGAGGAGAAUAACUCUGAAUAAGCGUGUUUCGGACAUGACUGUUGUCGAACUAAAGGAGUAUUUGAAAAUGCGUAGCGUUACUGCAAACGGCUAUUUAAAACCUGCUUUACUUCAAAUUGCUCAAGCAGUGGAGAAAAUGAUGUUACCGAUUGACCCAAAUGGAAAUUCGGAUCUCAAGAAUGCAAGAGAAACAUUUAUUAUUCAUGAUAUGGUGAUACGUCAGCCAUUGUCAUAUCCAGUCGUGAACGACUUUAUAGAUUCGCCAGUCGCCGCCACCCUUCGGUUUGUAUAUUUUUAA